AACUUGAGAUUUGAUUGCAUCAGAGAUCCCAGUGUUGAUCUACUGCUUCUCCGUCACCAUGGAGGCUUCUCUUGCCAUCUGCAUCCUCGCUGCUCUCCUGGCUAUGGGGACCUGUCUGCAGUGUGAGUUUUGCACUGGAGCAGGAAACAACUGCACGGGCAGCAUGCAGACCUGCGCCGCUGGGCAAGACUCUUGUGCCUUCAUUCGUACCGAUGUCACAAUGGUGGGAGUGAAGGGACAGAGCUUUCUCAAGAGCUGUCUGCCAUCCAGCGAAUGUAAAGUCGGCCCCGUCUCGAUGAAUUUUGGGCAGGUGAUGACAACAAGGACGAGCAUCGUCUGCUGCGUGGGAGACGCCUGCAGAACAACCACAGGUGGAAGUCAAAUGCAGACGGUCAUGAAGGGCUGCGCUUCCGAGUCCAUCUGCGCCAAUAUAAAAGUGGGUUCAGGGACCUUCGCAGGCAGCAGUGUAGAUCUAACCACGGCCAAAUGCACAGUGGCCUCCGGUGCGGUGGGCGUGGCUCCGGGACUGGUCGAGAUCCUCCUCCCGGCCCUCGCUGGGCUCCUGCUGCUGAAACUUCUCUCCUGAUUCCCACCCGGUGCAACAGCAACACGGCACUGAAAUCCACCCUGCAGCCUGCGUUAGCUGCUCUCCCCCCUGGCAGGGGUUUUCGGCUCCGGGAUGGACUCACAUCCCCUUGAUGUUGCUGCACUGAAUAAAACACUGG